GGGCUAGGGAGCGGGAUAAGUUCCCUUGUCCGCGUUUGAUGGCAUGGAAGUACUGUACAGUAGAGUAGAGCGUCCGGGAAUUUGGAGACGGCUGCGCUCUAAAGACGCAGGGGCGCCUUGUAGCCGGUGCGGGGCCGGGGGAAGCUCGAGGGCGGAUGUGGUUUGGGCCUCACUUUCUGGAUAUACUGUACUGUACUGGUUUGCAAGCCAACGCGGCUUGAGUCCCCUCCUUCCCCACUACUCUCUCCUCUGUUCUGCUCUCUCCGUUGGCCGGGCGGGGGCUCGAGUUCCUGUCUCGUCUCUGGCAAGAUCAGCUUUAGCUCGGGGAGUGUCUGGAGGGAGAGAGGGACUGAUAGAGCCACGUUCUCCGAGAUAGUGAGACUGUCGAGGGUGGGGGUGGCCUCGACGACGAGUCUUUCUUUCUCCGGACAGGGCACGUUUGGGUAAGUCGGGUUGGGAUGCUCGUGCUCGUGCUCGUGCUCGUUAGCUCUAGUGCCGUUUGGAGGUGAAACACAAGAUUUUCUCGGGAUUCGGAUGUUACGACUGCUCUGGGGAGCCGUGGUAGAGUAGGCGUCAAUUUCGUGUUGGAUAUUCCGAGAGGCGAGCGAAUGGCAGGUGACGAGGUUUUCUGAAGAAUUGAGGAUUGUAGUGGAACGCUGCCGCUGUAGAAUUGGUUUAGAGGCUUGAACUGACGAAAAGUAGGCGGGGGAUUUCAGGGCAGCUCUGGUUGAGCUAUGAGAAGCUAAAUUUUGCAAGCUUCUAGAGAGGUUUUUCUCAACUUUUGAUCAAAUAGUGGAAUGGGUACAGCAAUUGGCGCGACCAUGACCACUGCUGCGGCUAUGGCGAGCCCUCCCUCUGCAUGCACCAACUCGCAGUGCACGAAACCGGGGCUUCUGUCCACCCAAUUUCUGAACAAGUUCCCCGUAUCACUUAGAUCCUGCAGCAGAUAUGGAGCCAAGUCCACCAGAAGAGUACACCUUCGAGUCUCCAGCUCUUUGCAAUCUAUGGUCUCGGACAUGAGCCGUGCAGCUCCCAAGGGCCUUUUUCCUCCAGAGCCCGAGAAGUACAACGGGCCGAAGCUGAAGGUGGCCAUUAUUGGCUGUGGUCUGGCCGGUAUGUCGACUGCUGUCGAGCUUCUGGAUCAAGGACACGAGGUUGAUAUAUAUGAGGCUCGACCUUUUAUUGGUGGCAAAGUAGGUUCGUACGUGGACAAGGGAGGAAACCACAUUGAAAUGGGUCUCCACGUCUUCUUUGGUUGCUACAACAAUCUCUUCCGACUGCUGACCAAGGUCGGUGGUGACGACAAUUUGUUGGUGAAAGACCACACUCACACCUUCAUCAACAAAGGUGGAAACGUUGGUGAGCUGGAUUUCAGAUUUUUGGUGGGUGCUCCUUUCCACGGUUUGAAAGCUUUUGCCACAACAAAUCAGCUCGGGCUGUAUGACAAGAUCAGAAAUGCGUUGGCUCUGUCAACCAGUCCAGUUGUGAGGGCCCUUGUCGAUCCAGAAGGCGCAAUGCGGGACAUUCGUAACCUAGAUGAGAUAAGUUUCUCGGAUUGGUUCAUCGGCCAUGGUGGGAACCGUUCUAGCAUCAAAAGAAUGUGGGAUCCAAUUGCAUAUGCCUUGGGCUUCAUCGACUGUGACAACAUCAGUGCUCGUUGUAUGUUGACAAUUUUUGCCUUCUUUGCAACCAAAACCGAAGCAUCACUUCUGCGCAUGCUAAAUGGAUCUCCUGAUCUUCGCCUCAGCGGACCCAUCAGUCAGUACAUCAAGGAUAAGGGUGGCAGAAUCCACACAAGAUGGGGUUGCCGAGAAGUGCUGUAUGAUCGUACAGAAGAUGGAACACCCUUCGUGUCUGGAUUUGUGAUGUCAAAGGCUACGGAGAAGAAGAUCGUGACCGCCGACGCUUACGUUGCUGCUCUCGAUAUUCCCGGAAUCAAGAGAUUGCUACCAGCUCAAUGGCGUGAGUAUGAAUCAUUUGACAACAUCUAUAAGCUGGUUGGAGUUCCAGUUGUGACAGUGCAACUUAGAUACAACGGUUGGGUGACCGAAAUGCAAGAUAUCGAGAAAUCAAGGCAGUUGAAACGAGCUGAGGGUAUGGACAAUCUGCUAUAUUCAGCCGAUGCCGACUUCUCCUGUUUUGCUGAUCUUGCCCUGACAUCUCCACUGGAUUACUACAAGCCUGGUGAAGGUUCCCUGAUGCAGCUGGUACUCACGCCUGGAGAUCCGUAUAUGCCGUUGACGAAUGACAAGAUUGUGGAGAAAGUCAACGAACAGGUUAUGAACCUCUUCCCUUCAGCCCGAGGGUUGGAGAUGACAUGGUCAUCCGUGGUAAAGAUCGGUCAGUCUUUAUACAGAGAAGCUCCAGGAAUGGAUCCUUUCCGUCCUGAUCAGAAAACUCCAAUUCCCAACUUUUUCUUAGCAGGUUCUUACACAAAACAGGAUUACAUUGAUAGUAUGGAGGGAGCUACCUUGUCCGGAAGACAGUGCUCAGCUCGAAUCUGUGAGGUUGGACCUGCUCUGACCGAGCUCAACAAGAGAUUGCCGACAAUGGAUCCCAAGGUUGCAGACGCUGCGCUGGACUUUGAACCAGCACCUGUAGGGAUUGAGUACACAACUGUGUAAUGACACGGAAGUUGUUCUAUAGCUGGAAACCCGAGGCAUUUGUCGAGCUUCCGUCGCAGAGUAGAUCAAUCACGUGAGGCAGCAGGUGUCGAUCACUGUCUUUGUGUCGCUGUAAAUUGUAACCUAGUUUUAGUGCAUAAGGCUCGAACCUUUAGACUUAGGGCACUGUACUUUCAAGGCCGGGGUAUUGUUACCCUCGUUGCUGGGGGUUCUCAUAGAAGCCCUCCUCAUAUUCAUUCACAUUGAUUUGACUUCAGAUUGUAAGCUCUCGUCUCUUUCACCACCAUGAAUUCAAACCCCAACAAGAAUG